AUGAUUCAAACCACAAGUAAAAAAGCUUCAAAUUCUGCACAGAAAUCAGAAUGGUUUGAUGCACGACCGUACAAAGACAUUCCCAGACAAUCGAAAUUUGAUUUCAUUCGUUCGUAUUUACCUGGAGGAAGAUUUGAAAAUACAUCAAGCACAGAGACUGCAUUGAUUCUUCAAAAAGAACUCGGUGAUCUUUUUGUGAUGCCUGGGAUUUUUGGAAGAUCUGAUAUUUUAAUGGUUCUCAAUCCUGAGCACAUUGAAAAAAUGUAUCGGUUCGAGGGAAUAUGGCCUAUUCGAGAUGGUUUCGAAACAGUUGGUUAUUUUCGAAAUGUCAUUAAAAAAGACUUUUUUGGAGAAACUUCUGGUCUUAUAGCAACACAAGGAGAGAUUUGGGCAAGACAGAGAAGUGCUGUAAAUCCCAUUAUUAUGAACUCAAAAAAUGUUAAACUCUACAUUAAUUCUUUGAUCGAUUUAAAUGAUGAACUUGUUGUAAGAAUCCGUGACGUAAGAGAUCCCAGUACAAACGAAGUUCCAUCUAAUUUCGAAGAAGACCUCAAUCGACUGACUUUUGAGUCUAUAACAUCGAUUGCCCUAGAUCGAAAUUUCGGUCUUAUUCGACGUCAUAAAGAAAACCCUGAGGCACUCCGAUUAUUUAAAAAUCUUCGGGAUUUUUUCAUCUAUAUUUUCGAACUUGAAAUGAAACCAUCAAUGUGGAAAACUAUUCGAACUCCGAUGUUUAACAAAAUGAUGAGAUGUCAAGAAGAGAUUUUCGAGUCCACAAGUAAAUUUGUAUUGGAUGCCAUAAUUGGUUUGGAGAAUAAAGAGGCUGCCAAUACAAACGAGAAAUAUCAAGAACCAAGUGUUCUUGAGAAGUUAUUGAAGAUUGACAAGAAGCUUGCUAUUGCUAUGACUAUGGAUAUGCUGCUUGCAGGAAUUCACACGACAAGCUCAGUUUUGGCUGGAAUGCUUCUAGCCAUUGCUAAAAAUCCAGCAAAACAAGAAAUUCUUCGAAAAGAAGUCUUGAAAAUCAUGCCAAAUAAAAAAUCUCCACUAACUGUGGAAUCAAUGAUGGACAUGCCAUAUCUACGAGCGUGCAUCAAAGAAUCGAUGCGUUUCUAUCCGGUUGGUUCGGGAAGUUUUCGAAGUGCUGGUUGUGAUAUCGUCUUAGGAGGCUAUCAAGUUCCCAAGGGAACAAACGCCAUAUUAAAUAAUUUUUUGAUGUUUUUGGAUGAAAAAUAUUACGUCCCACCGGAUGAAUUUCUACCAGAAAGAUGGCUUCGUACAAAUAAUGGUUUACACGGAAAUGGCUUUAGUAAGGAAAAAAGUCACCCGUUUAGAUUUCUUCCUUUUGGAUUUGGACCCAGAAUUUGUGUUGGUAAACGAAUAGUUGAAAUUGAACUCGAAGUUUGUCUUACGAAGCUUAUUCGGAAUUUUAAAAUUGAAUAUAAUUAUCCGGUGGAAAAAGCUUUUAAGCAAUAUUUUGUAAAUGUUCCAGCUAUUCCUCUGAGUUUUAAGUUCACUGAUUUAAAUGAGUAA